UCGAGUGAAGUGCUCCCGAUAUUCCCUACAACGUGCACGUGGAUUCCGAUAUUUUCCAAUUCGAAUUUAUACUUCAGGUAAUGUGUCUGAAUAUAUUUAACUUAGAAACUUUUAUUUAAUCGACCAAAAAGAAAAAGAAAAAAAAAAAUAAUGGCCGACGUGUUUGCCGUUAGUCUACACGCGUUUGCCGAAGAUAAUACCCACCGGAUAUCUAGGACUAACCACUCUGGUCCAACCGAGUUAGGAGCUGGAACUUCCGGUUUGUUAUCUUUACUGACUGUGAUUGGUACCAGUUUGUCAAUAGUGGGGGUGGUUCUUACAUUCAUCACGUACAGUCUCUUCUCUGACUUGAGAACUUUGAGCGGUAAUUCUCUACUUAAUCUUUUGGCUGCUCUCUUUUUAUCUCACUUACUCUCCGUUAUCGGCGUAGAAAGAUCUCAAGAUCACAACUUAUGUCUGACCAUGGCUUUUCUUUUACAUUAUCUUUGGCUGGCGGUACACUUUUGGGUGACGUCUAUGGCUUGGGAUAUGUAUCGUACGUUUCGAGAUAACAUCAAUUUAAAACCGAGCACCCUGAAUGAAUCGCAGAAAUCUUUAUUACGUUGUGCUCUGUUUUCGUGGGGUGUGCCACUUGUUUUUGUGGGAUUAUCUGCCGUUUUACAUUUUAAGACACACUUAGACGAUUUGCCAAUUGUGAAAGAUACUUGUUGGAUUGUUGGCCCCGGUUCUCUCAUCUAUGCUUUCGCUAUACCCGCGGGCCUGUUAUGUAUCUUUGACAUCAUGUAUUUUUGUAAAACAGCGAUUGUUAUACAUCAAACUGUGGGCUUACAGAUGAAUAGAAAAACUAAGAAUAAAAUGAGGAAGAGAAGAUAUUUACAACUUUGCUUAUAUUCAAAAUUGGUCAUACUACUUGUGGCAACUUGGUUCUCUUGCGUUAUGGCGCAACUAACGAAUCAAAUAUCUCUUUGGUACGUAUUCACGCUACUGAUAUCGCUUCAAGGAUUCUUUGUCGCCCUUUCUUACAGUUGUAAUUCACGAGUAUUUCGUCUUUAUGGAAAAAAUUUUCGAUCUGGAAAAUCGUCUUCCGGAUAUGGAACAUCGGAAUUAUCCCAGUCCACGAGUUUGACUUUAUUGACAUGGCAACCAUCUCCAGAUUCUGUUUAAAUGUACCAACAAAUAUCAACUUUACGUAUCAAUAAUCAACAACAUUAUCAAAAUUUUAUUAAUAUUAAAAACCAUUGCGUUUAUGUGUAAUUAUACCGUAGGAUUAAGAAGGAAAAAGAAAAAAAAACGUUAAAUGCUGUUUAUUUUGUGUAGGAAAUAAGUAAAUAAACAUAUAUACAUAUAUAGAUUAUUUAUUGUUUAAA